GGGUUCUAGGGUUCGAGAGAGACGCAAGAGCAGCAGUUGCAGUAGCAGGAGCAACCAACCAUGGCGGCCCCAAUCGAAUCCGUACAAUGCUUCGGCCGGAAAAAGACGGCUGUUGCUGUCACCUACUGCAAGCGCGGCAGAGGCCUGAUCAAGAUCAACGGAUGUCCCAUCGAGUUGAUUGAGCCGGAGAUCCUCCGUCACAAGGCCUACGAGCCCAUCCUACUCCUCGGUCGCCACCGCUUCGCCGGCGUCGAUAUGAGGAUAAGAGUCAAGGGUGGUGGUCACACCUCUCAGAUCUACGCCAUCCGCCAGAGUAUCGCCAAGGCCUUGGUCGCCUUCUACCAGAAGUAUGUGGACGAGCAGUCCAAGAAGGAGAUCAAGGACAUUCUUGUUCGCUAUGAUCGGACCCUGCUCGUGGCCGAUCCAAGACGGUGCGAGCCCAAGAAGUUCGGUGGUCGUGGUGCUCGUGCCAGGUUCCAGAAAUCUUACCGUUGAGGAAUUAAGUUUCGAGGUGGUUUCGCUUUCAUUUUGCAACGUUUGGUUUUUGAACUACUAAUUCAGGUUUUAAAUUUUGGUCAAGUUAUUGGAUGUUUUAUUUUUUAUAUGGAUUUUGGUGAAUCUUUAUGGAUUAGGAUUUGCUUUCUUAAAGGCAGAUUAAAUAUGAGGUUUGUUGAAUUAUUUACGAAUUAGGGUUUUAUAUUUGAUAACUGAUGCGUUGUUCUAUGAUACCGAAAUUGAUAAUAGCACAAUUCGUCGCGUGUUA